CACUUUUUUUCUUUUUUGCUUUUUUUCUUUUUUUGACAUUCGACGCCUUGUUUACGUUCAUCACCAAACCAGCGUGCGUUUGAAUCCGAAAAAGAGCAAUGGUUUUAUCAGGUAUAUUAUCUACUUUUGCUCGUUUAAAUGAUACAUUUUCUAAUUUUAGAACAAACGAGCAGCCCCGCUGUGGCUAUCAACGUGUCAGCAGGUGCCGAAAACGCCGGCUAUCUCUGAUUCUGAAACGAGUGGAAAAGGCCCGGAUCCGGCUUCCAGCCGGUCGGCUUAGACUAUUGGUUAAAGGACAAAAGGACGGAGACGAUCGGAGUGUGAUGGACAAUCACAUCAGCCCUACAUGCACGGUGCAUCCAAAGGAGGGUGUUGUCGCGUAUCCGACCAGAGAUCCGGCGAAGGUGAACCCUCUUCGCUUGUUCCGAACACGGAGCAGCAAGGAGAAGGAGUGGGUUCUUCUGCCCGAAUAAAGGCAGCUCCAGCGCGCUUUGUUCAUCAUAUAAGAACGCUGGCUCGGCAGAUCGUCUGCCAAUCGCGGGGCACAUCCAAAGGAAGAGUGAUAAGAGAAGAAGAUCCGCUCCUAUUCCUAGUUUGCCACCGUCGGAACAGGUGUCUUCUUUUGUAAGGCGCAUCAAGAGCGCAUCGCCUCGUGAGCAAGGAUGGAUGCCUCGAAUGAUGGUGCACUGGCUUUGCCUGGCAGUGUUUGUGAUCGUCCUGCUGGUGCAGUGCGACAGCAAGGAUCCGUACGUCACCGUGGGCGUGGAGCGAAAGGCUACACUACAGAAGAUCCGACAAGCCUACAAACAGCAAGCUAAGGAAUGGCGUGCUAGGACUUGAGCUGACUGUAUCAAACAGGCAUCCGGACAAAUCAAAACACUUUUAGGCGGGGCAGCGGUUCGUCGAGAUCAAGCAGGCAUACGAGCUACUUUCCGACUCGGAGCGUCGUAAGGCAUACGUCGUACAUAACGAACGAGGAUGCAAUCGUGAAUAGGGAGCGGCCCGAUUACACCACACGACCGGUUCCAGGAUUCGUUCGAACACUUUUACGAUGCACAUAACUUUAACUUCCACGACCAGGGCAUUAGCCUGUACCAUCGGCUGUCGAUCACCGCCAAGUACUACGAGAGCAACAUCCUGCCCAAAAGCCGCCAAACUCCGCAAAUACUGCUGUUUUACGCUGACUGGUGCUUCGACUGUAUGAAAGCGGCCAACUCGUUCACGAAGAUGAUCGACACCGUACGCUCGAACGAUCAAUGCGGGUCACGAGAAGUAGCUGAUACGCCGGACCGGUGUCCACUCACUACCGUGCAUUGUCAUGGUGCUCGACGGCCACAACUAUAUCCACCGCGAGAGCGUCUUUAAUGCACAGCAUCUGGUCGACUUCAUCCGGCACCGUUGAGCGUAAAUCAUCGCAAAUUUAAGGUUGCACACUGACCGGCACAGAUACAAAUCCACUUACCAAUAUAAUUUCCAUUGCAUUGAAAAACUUAAAUUUGCGCAUGUAAUAAAUACGUACACUUGUUUUUCUUUUAGAAUAAAGUAUGCAGUUUAUUUCGGCAUAA